CUUGCAACCACUAUGGGACGGUCACAAGGCACCCUUUCAGAGUUGCUUAAACGGGUAGAAAUGAAGGCCAACAAUCAUGCUGUAGCUCUAUGGGACGAUAUCCUUUAUGAGAACGAUUUAGGACGCGGCAGGAGCCUGUUGUUGACACGUCAACAGAAGGAACUCAUCAUCCAGAUUGCAACGUCCUCACGCGAUGCACGUGAGAAGGAGCCCUGGCAGGCUAUUGCCGAUGGCAAUUUCAAAGAUGUUGUACCAGAAAUGAGUAUAACAACGUUUGAAAACGUCAUGUAUGAGGCAGGUUACGCACGUCGCGCACCAGGCUGGAAACCUUCACUGACACCUGAGCAAGAGAAGGAGCGGGAUGCCUGGGCACACGCCCACAACCCUGAUAAGUACAAAGAAGGUGACAACUUAGGCUACGACUUUACCCAGGUAGUCUUCUCUGAUGAGACUCCUGCUCGAAUUGGUGAAGAGCGAGGCAUGAUAAGAACCUGGUGUUGUGAAGGAGAGAAGUAUGAUACCAACGUCAAACAUGAUUGGAACAGGCAUGAUUGUUGCCUGCAGUUCUACGGCUGUUUUUGCUACAACUACAAAGGUCCUUGCCACGUCUAUUACCCAGAAACUGACGCAGAGAAGGAGGCUGCUCAAGUGCACCUUCAGGAGCUCAAUGCCAAUCAGAAGACUUGCAACAACAAGCUGCAAAUCUACGCACGCCAGGCCUUGAGUAACCUCAGGGAAGCAGAUGUCAAC